AUGACAGUGGUAGGUUUCUGUUGAUGAAAUUGGAACAAAGUUAUUGAUUUCAGCCAAUUUGUUUUCUCCUGGAGGUACUGUCAUCUCAUCGAAAAUCCAUUCAACGGAAGAUUCAACUUAUUAUCUAUAUGAUCAGCAUACUACUGAUUAGAAUGUAUUUCAACGGGUUUUCAUCGGCGAAGUUCACUGCUCUGGACAAUGCAGCAGCUUUUUUAGAAGUCCGACAUUUUCGGGUAAAAAUCAAUAGUUUAGUUAAAAAUACCGGAAAAGCUUUUAGGUUAUAAAUUAUGUUUAUUUGUGGUUCUACCACGCGUUUCUUUUGGCUUUCCCUUUUCAAUUGUGCUUCGACUAUUCUAUGGGCUGUAUAAGCACGAUAACUUCCUGGACGGAUUUUCGUGCUGCAACCACUUUCAUUUUAUGCCUUUCCCCUUUCCUGAUUUAUAGAGUCCUUUCUAAUCUUUCAAAAGAACACAGAAGGUAACAGAAAUAAUAAAAUUGGAAUAAAAAAUAUAUUUUAGGCUGUUUUUAUUUGGCUUGAGUUCUGGAGCCUUGUCUUUUCUUCCUUGUACGAAUAUUUUCUUCACUGUUGGUUUCACUGUUGCUGAACGGGUUCUUUACUUACCUUCUUUCGGGUUUUGCCUUCUUGUGGCUAUUGGGUAUCAAAGAACUAAAAGGCACAUUAAAAACUUGGAUUUUAUUGUGCUUGGUGUUCUCAUCCUGGCUGCUUCAAAAACUUUCACAGUGAGUUUCGAUAAAGAGCUUCCAAGUAAUUUGAAAAACUUUCAGAGAUCAGAGCAAUGGCGCAGCGAAUACAGUCUGUACAGAAGUGGAAUUGAUGUCUGUCCAAAGAACGCUAAGAUCCACUAUAAUCUGGGAAAAGUUCUUGGAGAUCUGGGAAACGUUAGAGAUGCUGAGCGGAAUUAUUGGCGGGCCAUCAGGUUGGACUUUAAAAAAGGCUUCGAAUGAGAAAGAUUUUCAGAUUGAAUCCCUCUUAUGAACAAGCUUUGAACAACCUCGGCAAUCUACUCGACAAGAUCGGAGAACGAGAAACUGCUGAGAAUUUACUUUUGAGAGCAGUGAAAACUCGUCCAAAUUUUGCAGCUGCUUGGAUGAAUCUGGCAAUCACUCAGAUGAACUUGUUUAAAUACUUAGUAAAGAAUUCGUAGGACUGAAUUUUGCGAAAAAGAAAGUUAAGGAAGCCGAAAUUUCGUUCAUGACAUCUCUGCGUCUUCGGCCGGAUUCGCCUCAUUGCUACUUCAACCUAGGAGUGUUGUACCAGAAAACCGAUAGAAACCAACUAGCAAAAGCUGCCUGGUAUAACGCCACAAGGUAAAUUUAUCUAACAGUUUUUAUUUCUUCAUCGAAAUUCAGACUUGAUCCAUACUACGAGAAAUCCUGGAUUAACCUGUUUGUGGUGCUAUACGACCUGGGAGAGUGCGAAGAGUUAAUCCAACUCUCGGCGGAAGCUCUAUCGAAAGUACCUAAUGAAAGCGGGAUCCACAUGCAGCUUGGCACCUGCAUCGCUCAUUUAGGGGAUUAUGGACGCGCCGAGACUUUUAUUAAAACUGCCAUCCUCAUGAAUCCUACCGUCGCACUUUAUCGUGCAAAUCUAGGUGAGUUAAAACGGGUAGAACUGCAAUGAGUAAGAUCUUAAAAAUGAAACAUACUUUUCUCGUUGACUUUUCUAGAAAAAAAAAGCACGAAGUGUCUUUUUUGCUUCUCAAUAAAAUCUCCGAGAAAAGGAUUCAACGCUGAUUUUUAUGAGUAAGCUUGAUAGAACCCCAGUUUACUCGAAAAGUAGCGCGGUUAGAUUUGCAAACCUAAUCAAAGUAAUUUCCGCGAAAAACAAAAUGAUCUGUGACUAUCCAAAAUUUAGUUUCAUUUUUCUUUCCCUAGCGGCAGUUUUGAAUUUUGCGGAAUCAUUUGAAACACGCCGUGAUAAAUUGGAAAGUUUGUGACAAAAGUCGAUAUAUUUUUAAGGAGUAUUGUAUCAACGAAACGAGCGAUAUUCCGAAUCCGCGAAGGAGUACGAAGCGGCUUUGAAACUCGACCCGAAUUGCAUCACAGCCGCGUCAAAUCUGCACGCUGUACAGUCAAUUCUUUCAAAGAACAGAACUCGAACAAACUACAACCUCUGA